AUGUUAUCGCGCGUGGCUCGUCAAAAUAAUGGGUUACUUCACUUGCGGAAGGCUCAGGCUUUCCGAUCAACGGUUCAUCUGUCCAUAGCACGCUUUAAUUCGUGUUCUAGCAACCGAACGCCGCUUUUGAGUGUAUCAAGCACUUCGGUUCACGAUCGUCCGCAUAAGUUGUCUCCUCAAUCAGAGCGUCAUCUUGCUACGGCCGCCGAGCACUCCAGCAUUGAUUUUGACGAUCAUUCUCCGGAGCUCUCCGACUCUUUCAUGUACAUGCCUUUCGAAAGCUUCGACGCAUCAUCUCUAGUCGUCCUUGACACAACACCAUUAUCACAAUCAAAAAUUUUUCGCAGGAGGCACGGUAUCGGUGGCGACGAGAGAGAGAUGAGGGCCAACCUGGAGGUCUCGUUAAAGGUUGGGCAUUUCGAGCGCGCCGCUUCCUUGAUCAAUCGUCUCGGACAUUACCAUCCGCCGGGUUCGCAGGAAUAUCUUGCUAUGCAUAAUCGCUACCUGAAAACUAUGGUCUCCCACAUGAUCCUGAAUCGCGAUCACAGUAUGGUCCUGCCGCUACAAAAAUGGGUCGAAGUGGAUAUGCCUGCCGGUGGCGUCACACCAGAUGCGAUAACUUUCGCGAUCAUGAUCCGGAUGUCGCUGCGCAUGCUUCACGGUGCGAAACGCGAUAGGACUGUGCGUCGGUAUUGGGAACUUGCCCAAAUCGCACACGUGGAGGAAGAGCUUGUCGGCAUUGAGAUUCUCGAAGACGCAGAUGUCGGUGAACUGUCUAAGAUCUGCUCCUCCGAUUCACUAAACUUGGUUUCCAAGUACAUGGAGUUUCCCGAUUCCACCGAAGCGACAGCCCCCGCCAUUGAUGAUGUCCCUGAGGUACAAGCUGCUGAUGUGCAUGGAUCUGGGUUGAAAUCAUUGAGAGACUCCUUGUCACUCUUCUCGGGUAAUGCUGAAGUGCAGUUACCCCCAGAUUUCCAGGGCACCGAAGAAGAAAAAACGAAGCUACUUGCAGAGUUGCGACAAAAGCGACUCGAGGCCGACAGUCUCUCUUCAGCUCUCGAGCGUUGGCGCGCGGAAACUGCCAAAAAGCAAAAGUCUGGCUUGACAGCCUCUACCGAUUCGAACAAAAUCAGCUCAAUCAUGAGCCAGUGGCACACAGACCUCGUGGCUAGAAUCAAGAAGGAGUUGGAGCUUGUUCAGGACGCACUUAACCGCCCUGUCCUCAGCACUGAGCAAAGGGAUCGCUGUGAAUAUGGUGUUUUCUUGAGAGCUCUCGAUGCUGAGCGGUUAGCUGCUGUUGCCAUCAUGUCUGUGAUGGCUUGCUUCAGUCGUGAAGGUAUGGACAAGGGACUCAGGCUCUCCAACAUCGCUUCCGUAAUUGGAAGGGAAGUGCAGGACGAGGUCAUUGCGGACGAUUAUCUCAAGAAAGCUAAGGCAAUCGAUCCAAAACGUGUCAGCGCCUUGAAGACGGUUCUUGCCAACCGCAAGGACAAGGACGGUCGGAUGCGCUGGAAAAAGCUCGUUGAACAGGUCACUGCAAGCACUGAAUCCGUAGUUUGGGGAUCGCGCGCACAAGUCAGAGUGGGUGGUGUCUUGAUGGGCAUGUUGCACGAAUCCGCAAAAGUUCCGGUUUGGACGAAGGACCCUGCGACUGAUAAGAAAACCUGCACUCUUCAGCCGGCCUUUCAGCAUGCUUAUCAGAUCCACUUUGGAAGACGUGCUGGCCUCGUCCACUUACACCCCCACCUUGUGAAGGUUGUUGCCAAAGAGCCGCCUGCUGAGCUCUUGGCCCGCCACCUUCCUAUGGUUUGCAAGCCCAAGCCAUGGACCGGGCCGAGACAAGGCGGAUAUACCAUUUACGAAUCCAACCUAGUGCGCACUACUCCUGGUGAACUUCUGCAACCAGCCUAUAUCAAAGCUGUCAUGCAGGAGGAUGGGCUUAAGGAGAUUCGAGCGGGUCUUGAUGUUCUUGGCGGCACGGGUUGGAAGAUCAAUCAGCAGGUGUUUGAUGUGAUGCUCGAGGCUUGGAAUGACGGAGGGGCCGUGGCGAAAAUCGCGCCCCUCGAACCGGACCUGCCGGUGCCAGCACCCUUGGAUCGAGAUGCCGACCAUCAAACCCAGAGAGAAUGGCACCAGAAGAUGCGUGAAAUCGAGAACAUCCGCUCUGGAUACCACUCCGUUCGGUGCUUCCAGAACUUCCAACUGGAGGUGGCGCGAGCGUUCCGGAAAGAGGUCUUCUAUCUACCACACAACAUGGACUUCCGCGGAAGAGCUUACCCUCUUCCCCCUUACCUCAAUCAGAUGGGAGCUGACAACGCGCGUGGUCUGCUACUCUUCGACAAGGGAAAAGCACUUGGGGCAGCUGGUUUGCGUUGGCUGAAAAUUCAAAUCGCAAAUUUGUAUGGAUUUGAUAAAGCGAGCAUGUCUGAACGAGAGCAAUUCACUAUGGACCAUUUGGACGAGAUCAUUGACUCUGCCAACACGGGGCUCCACGGACGACGAUGGUGGCUCCAGGCCGAGGACCCGUGGCAGCUUUUGGCAGCGUGUUGCGAACUACGCAACGCUAUGCAGCUCCCCGACCCCACUGAAUAUAUCUCUCACCUUCCAAUCCAUCAAGAUGGCUCAUGCAACGGUCUUCAGCACUACGCUGCCCUGGGUGGUGACAAGGUUGGCGCCCAGCAGGUCAAUCUUGAGCCCUCUGAUCGCCCUUCGGACGUCUAUACGGGUGUUUGCGAUUUCGUCAAAGAGGCUAUUGCGCGGGACGCGGCUAAAGGCGAUCCGUUGGCCAAACUUCUCGAUGGCAGACUUACCAGAAAGAUUGUGAAGCAAACGGUUAUGACUAAUGUCUACGGUGUGACCUUCUUGGGAGCUAUGAGACAGGUCAAAAGACAGCUCAUCGACUAUAUGCCUGAGCUUGAUAUUCGCCAGAGGAACCAAGCAUCGCACUAUAUCUCCCAGCAAAUCUUCGGCGCUCUCGGAACCAUGUUCAAUGGAGCUCAUGAGAUUCAAUAUUGGCUUGGCGACAGUGCCCACCGCAUCACACAGUCCUUGACACCUGAACAAAUCGAGGAGCUAACGCAGAAUGCAAUGGAUUUGAAGCAAAAUGCGAAAAGACGCAACGAAGGCGGUACGACGACGACGAGCGAUCCAGAAAAGUCCUUCCGGUCGACUGUGAUUUGGACCACCCCACUUGGUCUCCCAGUCGUCCAGCCAUAUCGCACGCGCAAAUCCCGCCGAGUCCACACCAGCUUGCAGGAUAUCAGUAUCGUUGAUCCCAGCGCCGACGACGUUGUGACCCAACGCAAACAGCUUCAGGCCUUCCCGCCAAAUUUCAUCCAUUCUCUUGAUGCCACUCAUAUGAUCUUGUCUGCCAAUGCAUGCCAUGAAGCGGGCCUUACAUUCUCCGCUGUUCACGACUCGUUCUGGACUCAUGCCGCUGAUGUCGACCGGAUGAACCACAUCCUUCGAGAUGCCUUUGUUCGUAUGCAUUCCGAUGACAUUAUCGGGCGUCUUGGCGCUGAAUUUAAGGUGCGGUAUGGUAGGAAUCUCUUCCUGGCCAGGGUCUCCCGCACCACCGAAUUUGGUCGGAAAAUCCAUGCGUACCGUUCCAAGCAUCGGCUCACCAGACUCCAAGAGUUGGUUAACGAACACCGACGCCAGACACUCCUUGCAUCUGAGGAUCCAGAAGAUCAGGCCGCGGGUCGCGCUAUGGUGACAGCCGGCAGUAUCUUUGAGGAGUUGGGCGGUACAUCUGAGGACCUGACUGCGUUCAAAACCAUGGGCCGCAACGCAAUCGGACACGUCCCGGAAGAUGUAUCAGCUCUGGAACGGUCAGUGGUCUCAGAUACAAUGGACGUCAACGAUCCUGCCAUCCAGAGCCUGGUGGGCGACCUUGAGAUGUUUGACGGGAAGCCAAUCUCGAAGUCAGAGCUGCAAGAUUGUACGGUCGACGAUAGCCCUGAUGAGGUCUUAGGGCAGAUCGACGAGCCUGAAGAGGUCGACCCAGUUCAGCAGGGCAAGAGCCCCCGAAAGUACAAGAGCAAGCGAGAGAACACUACCUGGCUCUGGAUGCCUCUUACUUUCCGCCCGGUUCCCAAAAAGGGCGACUGGGACUUGACCCGAAUCCGCGACAGCAAAUACUUCUUCUCGUGA